AUGGCAGAGAAACCAGAAGAUCUGAACCUUCCAAAUGCAGUGAUUGCACGUCUUGCAAAAGAUGCUGUAAGUGUGAAUUUCUGAUAUCAAAUUGCACUGGUUGUAGCCAUGAAAUAAACAUGGUUUAUGUUGUCAUGUCAUUUUGUUGUUAUCCAAAGUAUAUACCACCAACAAUAAUUUCAACUUUUCUGAAUAACCCAGUCAUUCUUGGUUUAAUUGACUUGUGCCUUAUGAGAACAUUUGUGGAGUUGAAGAGGUAAAGGGUUUGAUUGCCAGGCUUAUGUUAUUCCCAUCUAUAUUUCAGCUCCCUGAAAAUGUUAAUAUUGCCAAAGAAGCUAGAACUGCAAUUGGCAAAGCGGCAAGUGUGUUUGUCCUUUAUGCUACAUCAUGGUAUGUGUAAAAAAUUGUGGUGUUCAAGGUUAUCAGAAAGUUUUGAAGUAGAUGGCUGAGUUGUCAAAGUAAGCGGCCAGUCCUGGGAUAUUUUAUUUAAAAAACGCCAUCUGUAGAGAAAUGCUAAGCAGAGUAGCCGGCCAAUACUAAACGAGUAGGCGGCGAUUUUCACCGGUAGCGGGCUACUUUUGACAACCCUGGGUGCUGCACUGUUCAAAUAAAUUUUGAAAAUGAUGGAUGUAAACUGGUCUGUCUUUUGUGCUGCCUUUCAGCUGUGUAGAUAUGUGUGGUAGGAACUAGGACAGCACGGUUGGUUAUUGUGUGGCCUUCUGUGUGAGAGUUCGCAAGUUCAAUUCAAAGGAUUGACCUCAAUUCCUUGUUUAGUUUUCUCUUGUUUUCAUGCAACUUAAUAGCUUUGAAAACCCCUAAAAUAGAGCACUAAUGGAGUGCACUAUUGGCCUUUGGUAUGUUAGUCAGAUGACAAUGUAAAUUAAGAACUCUUUACCUUUCCAUUUUACCUUAUAGCAGCAUACUGCUAGGAAAUCAUACCAUUUCCAGGUUGUGAAAAAUAGACAACAGUUGGGAAAAAUCACCACCCUGCUUUUGGCCAGGUAUUUUGCUCGGCCAUUCCUCUGAUUAUUUAGUAAAAGAUGGCAAAAUUAAUCACCUAAUUCAACAACUUUUUGACAACCCUGGCUGCUAUUGACUUAUGCAUCUCUUCCAUAGCAGGUACAGUCACAAUACUGCUAAGUCUUUUUCACAGAAGAGAAUUCUCCCACUAAGCUCAAGCCAUGAUGUAGCUCUAUUAUCUGGAAUCUCUUUGUCUCUUUUCAGUUAAAUCUUUAAUAUUUUGUUACUCUGUGUUUUAAUUCUUUCAUGAAGUGCAAACAAUUUUGCACAGAAGCAGAAGAGAAAAACUCUUACAGCAACUGAUGUGUUUGAGGCUUUGGAGGAGAUGGAAUUUAGUCAGUUCAUAAAACCUCUCAAGGACAGCCUGGCUUGUGAGUUAUGAUUCCAUUCUUAGUGGUUUAUACACACUGCAACUGAACUAUGCACCACAUGCACUUUGAUUCUCUAAGGUAACCUAGCUGGGUAGGGGAUACUAUUUUGCAUCAUUGCUCCUUAUGAAAAGUACCCUGUCAUCAAAAUGAGCCUGAUUGAAUAUAUUAAGCAAUUAAUGAAUAGUGUGGUCCAGGGUUUUCAGUUCUGUCAUCCCUAGUCACAUAAUUUAGAUAUUUGUUUAUUAUGACCAUCUCAGUCACAUCAAGAUUGUCAAGAUGUCAUAGCAAAGGCAGCAUCUUAAAUAAUUCAAGAUGAAUAAAUUUAUAGUCUUUGUUUAUGUUUAAAAAACACUGAAUGUUGGUCCAGCCAAACUGAAAGUACAACCUCCUGCUGGUACCAACUGCUAACCAACUCAACUUAUUUACAGUAUUUAGGAAAGAGCAGAAAGGCAAGAAAGAAGCAGCAGCUGAAACAAAAAGAAAAAAGAGUGACACUGCUAGUGAAACUGAGCCUGAGUCAAAGCGGCAAAAGACGACAGAGGACAAGAAGCAGACAACAGAAGAAAAUGAUAAGGAAGAUGACAGAGCAGAGACAGAGAAAAAUGGGGACGAAUCAUAG